GUGAGUUGUAAAGUACAGUCACGUGACAUUAAAUAAAAAAAAUGCAAUCGUUGCUCCGCGGGAGGGAGGUUGUCGCUCUUGUUUUUAUCUUUAAUUUGUUUUUUAACGAAAGUUAUCAGCUGACUGGGCUGCAGGUAUGCUCGCUCUGUGGUGGUACAGUCCAAAACGACACCGAUGUGGGGCAAUUCUGUUCUCGAUCCGCUGGACGGAUAGACAGGAGGUGCUGUUUAUCGAACGAUAACACAAGCGACCCUGAACGCAUCAUCGGGCUGGAUUUAUCCAAUUGUUCACUGACUCAAGUGGAAGACCUUCCAGGAGCAUCCAAAGUGUUCAUGAUAGAUCUCUCUCUAAAUCCCAUUGUCAACAUCAGUGAGAAAGUGUUCCUCGGAUUUCUUGACCUAAAUUACUUGAUUUUACCGCAGGACCUGGUUUGUCCGGGCGGCAACAUUUCUUGGCAGAAGGUGGAAGUCACACAGGGAAAGCGGUUCUGCGAGGGCCAGAAAAACAUGUGCAACCAGACAGGACAGAUGUCCAUGAACUGUCCGGAAAACUCCCGUUGCGAUCCCUACGGCCCUGGCCUGUUUGAAUGCAUAUGUGCGGAAAACUAUCAUGGAUACAAGUGUCUUCGACAGGGCGAGUUCCCAGCCGUGAAGGUGUUCGGGCCUCUUGCAGCAUCCAUGGUGGUGAUGUCCUUCCUCUUGUGGGUUAGCCAGAGACGUAAAGCCAAAUCACUCUGAGAUGCUUUUAGUCUGACAAGAAACGGACUCCUGACACGGAUAAUAAUGCUGACAAAAGGCCGUUGUGGCACCAACGGCGCUCCUAUGUACAUAUUUUAUGACUGUUACACUUUUUCUGAUGCAGCUAUAUUUUAUUUUGGGGAAGACUGAAAAAACUGGCAUUUUUAAUUUAAUCAAUGUGAUACAUUUUAGAACAAAAUAAUGUUUUUAAAAUAUGACCACUAUCGUUGCUUGUAAGUUAACUGACAGAAAAUAGUGUACACUGCGGCUCAUUCUGCAGAGCGAGUGUUAGAUGUGUGCGAGUUUACACCAAAAAUAAUAAUGUUAUGCAUGUUUAGACAAGGUUGAGCAACAAGGUAUUGCAUGCUGACAGUGUGGUUUACUUUGGGGAAUAAGACGGCUGUUAAAAAUUCAAUUACCAAAAAAAUGGACGUUUGGUUGCACUUUAAUGACGAUUUUAACCUCUUUAAUUCAAGGGUAUUAUUUAAAUGUACUCAGGGGGAUGAAUUUAAUAUCACAGUAAAUGUUUCAUUCAUUACAUUUUCUUUUAAAUGUUUCCUGGCAGUUUAGGCAAACAGGUUUAGUGGAUCUGGUUACCUAACAGAUUUGCUACAGAAACAUUAGGGAUUGAAUAUUAUUGCUGUUUGUAUAAUGGCCUUUUCUUCUUCUAUGUGGCUGAUGGAAUAUUAACUCUGUUUCAUUGGAGUUUCUGAAUCUUGUCCUGAAAUACUCUCCACAAUCUGGACGUGUUUUCCUGUGUUAUAUCAUUUGUUCAAAGUUCAGGGUUUUAAUAAAGAUUUCAAAAUAUUA